CCGAACGUCCGUCGGCUUACCAACAUGAAAAAUGUUUCUUUCUCAUUUUAUGGCAUAGAUGUGUCAUAACCGCGAUGAUGAAGGGCAAAUAGAUAAUUUUUCGUAUAUUUAUAUUCGUCUAUAUGCGAGCCUGGUUAUGCCAAUCUCAAGAUGAAUCCCUACCCUCAUGCCAGGCAGCCCAAAAGGCGCCUGAGUUCCACGAACCCGACCCUCCAUGAUAUCCGGCUUCAGCUAUUCAAAGCUAUAGGGGGUAAUUUUAUCAUCCUCCAAGUCUUAUUUUUCGGCCUUUUCUGCUACAUAUUUGGCUCUCUUUACCAGCAAACUAGCCAUACACAUAACCUCACCGUCGCGUUUGUCGAUUACGACGGUGGCGCCAUAGGAGUCGCAGUGCGCGACGCGUACAAGCAGCUUCAAGGGGAUAGCUUCCCAGGGCUCAUCGAGCUGUCUCCACAGCAAUAUUCACAGCCAUCUGCUCUUGAAGAGAAAGUUUGCCACAUUGAUUUCUGGGCGGCGCUCUACAUUUCACCCGGUGCCUCCAACCGCCUCACUGAGGGUCUGACGGGAGGCAGCGCGUCAUCCUCCUACAACCGCAGCGAUGUCAUGAGCUUUAUCUGGAACGAAGCCCGCUACUCUACUACGGCCGACAGCGUCGCUGCCAAACUUCAAGAUUUGUCCGAGGCCGCUCGCAUAGCCUACUCAGCCACCAACGGCGCUGCGAUUCUCCAGACGCUACCCGCAGGUGACGCAGCCGCAGUAUCCGUCUUCUACAACCCGUGGCAGCUCGUAUCCCUCAACCUCCAGCCCACCACCCAGGGCUCCCGGCUGAUCUACAACACGCUGGUGAUCAUCCUGAUCCUACUCCAGGAGUUCUUCUACCUCGGCACCAUCAAUGGUCUCUACGCCAAAUUUAAAAUCUACGGCCGCAUCCGCCCCUUCCGCAUCAUCGCCGUCCGCUUGAUCAUCUCCAUCUUGUACACCUUCGUCGGCUCACUCUGCACGACGGGCGCCAUCUGGGCCUUCCGCGCCGGCUGGAACGUCAAUGGCGUGCAGUUCGUCUUGACAUGGAUGACGCUGUGGUUGUUCGCCCACCUGAACUUCCUCACCUUCGAUAUCUUCAGCAUAUGGCUGCCUCCGCCCGUUGUUCCUAUGGCGCUAGUAACCUGGAUCAUGAUCAACCUCACCUCGAUCCUCCUCCCCUUCGCUCUAUCACCCCGCUUCUACCACUGGGGAUAUGCUCUGCCCACGCACGCUGUGUACAAUGUCCUCGUCGACAUAUGGUCCCGCGGGUGUAACCCGGCUCUCUAUUACGCACUACCCGUCAUGUUCGCGUAUGAGAUAUCCAGUCUGACACUCAGCACGAUAGGUGUCUACAGGCGCUCACACUACGGCUUUCUGGAGCUAGAAAGAGAGGAAAAGGCCUUCCAGACCAAGAUCGCGGAGUCAAUAGCUGCAGCACUUGAAGAGAGCGAGGGAGAGACUCUCGAGAGAAGAAGAGCUGAAGGUGAAGGAGAAGGCGAGGUCGCUGUCGGCGACGAGGAGGCAGUUGUCGUUAUGCCUAUGCAGAGACGUGGGACCAUCACCACGCUCGCGGAUCGCGAGGAGAUAGCUGAGCGUAUCUGGAGAGAAACGACGCAGCUGAGGCGGGAGAGGUCGCGCGCGGAGGCGGAUGAUAAUUUCGGGGGGCCUUGUUUCGAGCUGACGAUAAAUAAGUGAGAGGGAUACAUACGGUGUUAAAUAUUGUAAAAUAGAGCAGAA